ACCGUACAUAUAAUUUACCCUGUCUGACCCCUCAAUAACACCCGAGUGACCCAUCCACACAUACUAAGCUAAAUAUCAAAAACAUCAUAGAAGUACACACACUCUACAUAACCAAAUCAAACCCAACCAACCAACAACCUUUUCCUCUGUUCUUCACCUUCUUCACCUUCAAACCAAAACCAUGCUUGAGGAAGCAGUUUCAUCUUCCCCAACAUUCUUGGCCACCAUCUACAGCUGGUUCACACCCACCGUCUUCUUCCUCCUCCUCCAACUAGUCAUCGGAACCAUCUUCAUCAUCUCCAACCUUGCCAAACACCACCACCACCAUGACCCCCAUGCCCAACAUCAUCAAGCAAAUGACUUUCCACAUCCCCACCUCCCAAGAUCCCCUUCAAUCUUGCAGAGACUCAAAUCCAUCAACUUCUACCCCUCCCAAGACCCUCCAUACCCACACUUUCAUGAAUCCCACACCCAAACCCAUACCCAUGAAAAUGAAAGCUUCCAACUUGCUAGAUCUCCCUCACUCCUUCAAAGACUCAAAUCCAUCAACCUCUACACUUACCUCCCCACCGAACCCUUCACUUCAAAACUCGCUCCGCACGCCGCCACGCUUUCCCACGCGCCCGACAAGCCCCACGUGCCGCCGCCCCAGGUGGUCGAAACCGACGAGGAAAAAGAGGAAGACGACGACUUUCCUGUCGUGAACGGCGGCUACGACUACAGCCUCGGAGAGCGCGAGGAGGGUUCUUCGUUGGACGAGAUUUACAGCAAAUUGCAGCAGCAGGGGCAGGAUGGUCAUUUCACGAGGACGCACUCCGACACCAAGCCUUCUUCCGGCGAGGUUCCGGUGAAGCUGCCGCGGAAGAUGAAGAAGUCGGCCAGCAGCAAGUCGGCGUUCGCGCACUUCAAGGAGGAGGAUAUCGUGGAGAGCCGCCGCCCGGCCACCGUGAAGGAGGCGAAGGUGAGUGCCGCCGCCGUCGACGACGAGGUGGACGCGAAAGCCGACGACUUCAUCAACAAGUUCAAGCAGCAGCUCAAACUGCAGAGGCUGGAUUCCAUCAUGAGGUACAAGGAAAUGAUUGGCAGAGGAUCUGCCAAAUAAUUAACAAUUAUUAAUUAUGAAAGUAAUCUUAAUUUUGUUACAUUUUAUUUAGUGUAAUAUUUUUUUGUUAAAUUUUAACUAGCUGUAAAAUUAGUAAGUUUUCUUUCUCUUUUCUGAAUUGGUUAUGUUCCUUCUGGAUUAUGUUGAUGAAUGAAUAUGUGUUCUUAUUGUUUCUA